AUGUUGGACGCCGAAAAGAAUGUCCCUGCUAGUGAUGUCCUUGUGUCCAAUAAGUCACCAGUCAAGUACGAAAAUGGUGUUAAGACUGGCAAAAGCAAUGAUGAGGACCAUCUCAACUCUAUGAGUCAGCCAGAGACACAUGGUAAUGUUGUACUGGAGAAUAAAACACCUACUGUUGAUGCUGGAACGGAUGAUAUGGUAAGUAGCUAUCUAAAGUGGACUGAUGAUGAAGUACAAAAUAUUGAUGAAGGAGAAGUGAAUGAAGUUCACCAGACUGAGAAAAUGAUCUAUGAGGACUCUCAAAUGGAAGCAAACCCUACAACAGUUACCACUGAUGGUGAUGUUAGGUCGUACGAGUUUCCGAAAGUGAAACUCGAAGUUACUGAUUCUUCAAUUGGUGAGGAUGAUGAAGGCUCCCCUGAGGAUCAAGCUGCCUUUUUAGGAAAACUAGGAACGUUUUACUGGGAGAAGGCGAUGAAAUUUAAACCACCUAGGUUUUAUGGUCAUCAUCUUAACUGCUUAAAGUUAUGGAGAUCUAUGAUAAGAUUAGGUGGCUAUGAUCGAGUAAUUGGAUACAAGUUGUGGUGGCAAGUGGGAGACUCCUUUAAUCCACCCCAAGUGAGCAUUUAG